UUGUGGCUCCAGUUGACCCAAUAGAGGUCCUAGCUUCUAGGCCACGAGGUCCAGGAGCACCUGUUGGUCUUUGUUGGCCUUACCUGUGGCUACUUCAGGUCCAGCCUGUCAGGCCCAGUCUGUGAGAUGGGUGAUGAAUCAUUUUUGCGGCCGCUUGCCGCUGCAGCAGCAGCCAAGGCAGCGGCAACGAUGCCGUUCGAUAUCAAUGACGCCCAUUCUCCGAUGAAGGUUCCGGUGCCCAGUGAGGGCACUGGCAGAGGCAAGAAAGGAGGUGGGCGCGGAGGAGGAGGAGGGAGAACUCCACAUCGGAAGGCUCCAGCACCACAGCCACCACCGCCCCCAUCCUUCCAGCAAGCAGAGUGGCCAGAUGUGGCAUCAUCUCCUUUUCAGCAGGCGAUCCCCCCAGCAUACGGCAUGACAAGUGGAAUGGCAUAUCCACCUGCGCCUGCGGCUGGCAUGCCGGCCCCGUAUCCAAUGGCAUGUCCUCCAAUGCCCAUGUACGGCAUGAUGCCUUUCAUGCCUUAUCCACAUCCAAUGCAAUACAUGCCAGGAAUGCCAAACCCCGUUCCAGCGCAACCACCUGAAAAAAGUCGAGGCAAGCAAGGCACUCAAGGAAAGGCUUCCCAGAGAGGUGGCGAAGGCGUUAACAAGAAGCGCCGCGGCAAAGCCAAAAGCAAAGAUGGCAAGGGCGAAAAUCCGUCCGACUUGGAAGCCAAUCCCAAUUGCAGUGAGGAGCUCUUGGCUGUACGCAGUGCCCAAGGAAAUGGCGUCAAGGCAAAGCUCUCAUUUCAGGAGGUCUUGCCUCACCUUCUUGAAUUCGCUCAAGACCAGCAUGGAAGCCGCUUCUUGCAAGGGAAGCUGGAUGAAGCUAGCCCAGAAGAAAGGCAGCAAGCAUUCUCCGUGAUUUGUGCGGAUGAUGCUAAUCCGGAUGCAGUGUCGUUGGCGAAAGAUGUGAGUGGCAACUUUGUGGUGCAAAAGCUUUUUGAUAUAGGAACGCAGGAACAGAAGAAGAAGCUGGCCGAAAAGCUGCAGCCUGAAGUUGCAAGUUUGUCGAAAGAUAACUAUGGAUGCCGAGUUGUGCAGAAGGCCAUCGGUGCGGUCUCCAAAGAUUUGCAAGUAAUGCUGGCCUCAUCUUUGCAGAGUAAUGUCACUGACUGCAUCACUAAUAUGCACGGGAAUCACGUGGUGCAAAAGUGCAUUGAGCAAAUGCCUCCUGACUCUGUGAGCUUCAUUAUCCAUGCAGUGCAGAGUGAUACGGCGGCGCUGGCUUCUCAUAUCUAUGGCUGUCGUGUAAUCCAAAGGCUUCUCGAGCACUGUGCAUCUGGACAACUUACGGAGAUGCUGGACAGGAUUCUAAGCAACAUCGAAGUCCUGUCUAAGAACCAGUUUGGCAACUAUGUUGUGCAGCAUAUGCUGGAGCAUGGCCGCAUCCAGGACAAAGAGCGGAUCAUCGAUGUAGUCAGGGCUAAGAUCUUGGAUUUUGCAAUGGACAAGCAUUCAAGCAAUGUCGUUGAGAAGUGCUUUGAGGCAUCAACUAUAGGAGAGCAUGCAAAGGAGCUUGAGGGCAAACGUGCUCAACUUGUUGAUGCAGUGCUGGGGCAACCUGGUGACGUCAACAGCCCUUUGUGCGAGAUGAUGACCCACAGGUAUGGCAACUAUGUUGUUCAACGUUUGAUGGAGCAUAGCCGUGGAACAGAGAGGGAGCGGAUCUACCGCACAUUGAACUCACUGCCAAUUGAUUUCAAGUCACAUCAGCAUGGUAUGCACAUUAUGAACGCCUUGCAGAAGGACUUCAAAGAGUUCAAUCCCGAUGGAUAUGCUCAAGGCUGAGUCAGUGACGGCGGCGAGCCUUCAGGACUGAUUUGGUGUACAGACUGGGCUGAUGGCUCAAGGUGGCCCAACUGGCCUAUGGCAUUCUACAAUUCAUACGAGGAGACUACCUUGUAUAUGUACUUGUGGUGUUGGAAGUAAUUGAAACUUGCCUCAGAAGGUUCAAUCAUAGGUCCUCAACCCAGCAUGGAGCCUAGUGGUGGCUGAGAAUGGAUCCUACAUUCUCAGCUCUCCACGGAUUGGUGUACAGACUUGUACAAAGACCACACGCCUUCACUGGACAAGAAUUCGCCUUGUAGAUCCAAAUCAUUGCCCUGUGUAUGCCCUGUAUAUUAUGUGGCUGGUGCUGCGCGACGGCUGCUAGCAUGGUCUGUUUUCUUCGGAGAGUACUUAUGGCUUUUGCAGUGGUUUUACUCCGGGCCUACUAUGUUGCAGCAACCAUGCGCACACCUGUGAUCCAUCACGUGGGCACAAUGGCCGUGCAUGUUUUGAUGUAUUCUGUGAAGUAGCGCACGCCAUUGCACUUGAUGUCCAUGAAGGCAGCCAUGGGCCAGGAAGACUCGCAUUCCGCAUUCCUGCUGUCGUGUCUACAAGCAGGCCUCCUAGAAGUGAAACUGACGGGGCUCG